CCCCCCCCCCCCCGUUUUUUUGGGGGGGUUUGUUGUUGUCGCGGGACCCUUCCAUCAUGUCCAGAUCCAAUAGUGUCAGCCCACCCGCGGUCGCCGCGCCUGGGAUGAGGGGAGGGACCGAACACAGAUCAGCUUGGGGCGAAUCGGAGGCUGUUGCCAACGGAUGCCCAUACUCGGCCAGAUCUCCGCGCAAAAAGCUCUCCCGGUCGAACAGCCGAUGGAGGGAAGAGGAUGAUGCGCAGCGACAGCCCGGGCGAGCCUCGACCACAGUCAGCCGGGUCAGCUUCAGGUCCAGGGCAGCCUGGCAGGAACAUGGGGAGGAGAGUAGUCGAAACAACAACCACCGCUCGUCCCAGAAGCGCGCGGAUGGGGAGUUGAGAAGUGCCAAGUCGGUGGAAGUGGGUUUGGAGAACCGACGGCCGAGGCUGAAGACCACGGAGGAGGAGGCGGAGGAGGAGGAGGCGGUCAUGCCUGAAGUUCACUUCUCCUUGGUGGCGUGCUGUAGCGGCGUGAUGCAGAUUUUCAAAUCCAAGAAGUUCCAGUCGGAGAAGUUGGAGAGGCUCUACCAGCGCUACUUCUUCAGACUCAACCAGAGCAGCCUGACCAUGCUCAUGGCCGUACUUGCGCUGGUGUUCGCCGUCAUGCUAGGCUUCCACUGCGCCGCGGCCGGCGGCACGAACCCCACGUACGCAGCAGUGUUCUCCGUGGCCAUCGUGCUCAUCUUGGUGCUGGUGGUGGUUUGCAACCGGAACGGCUUCCAUCAGGACCACAUGUGGUUGGUGUGCUACGGGGUGAUCGCGCUGGUGCUGGUGGUGCAGGUGAUGGGGGUGCUGCUGAUGCAGCCCCGCAGUGUCUCGGAGGGCGUGUGGUGGACGGUGUUCUUCAUCCACAUCAUCUACACGCUGCUGCCCGUGCGGAUGCGCGCGGCCGUCAUCACCGGAGUCCUGCUGUCCGCCGUCCACGUGGCUGCUUCGUGGGCGCUGAGCGGCGUGGACAGCCUUCUUUGGAGACAGCUGGUGUCCAACGUGCUGAUCUUCUCCUGCACCAACAUCGUGGGCGUGUGCACACACUACCCGGCGGAGGGCUCCCAGAGGCAGGCCUUCCAGGAGACCCGCGAGUGCAUCCAGGCCCGCCUCCACUCCCAGAGGGAGAACCAGCAGCAGGAGCGUCUCCUGCUCUCCGUGCUUCCCCGCCACGUUGCCAUGGAGAUGAAGGCUGACAUCAACGCCAAGCAGGAGGACAUGAUGUUCCACAAGAUCUACAUCCAGAAGCACGACAACGUCAGGCUGGUCCGGGAGGUGACCGGGGUGAACGUCAACAUGCGGGUGGGGAUCCACAGCGGCAGGGUGCACUGCGGGGUGCUGGGGCUCAGGAAGUGGCAGUUCGACGUGUGGUCCAACGACGUGACGCUGGCCAAUCACAUGGAGGCUGGCGGGCAGGCUGGGCGUAUCCACAUCACCAAGGCCACCCUGAACUAUCUGAACGGAGACUACGACGUGGAGGCCGGCACGGGGGGGGAUCGCAACCCCUACCUGAAGAAGAACAACAUAGAGACCUACCUCAUCGUGGGCUGCAGCCAGAAACGGAAAGAGGAGAAGGCCAUGAUCGCCAAAAUGAACCGGCAGCGUACCAACUCGGUGACCCACAACACGGGCCACUGGACGGACCGGCCCUUCUACAACCACCUGGGGGGAAACCAGAUCUCCAAGGAGAUGAAGAGGAUGGGCUUUGAAGACCCCAAGGACAAGAACACGCAGGAGAACCUGAACCCGGAGGACGAGGUGGACGAGUUCCUGGGCCGCGCCAUCGACGCCCGCAGCAUCGACCGCCUGCGCUCGGAGCACGUCAAGAAGUUCCUACUCACCUUCCGCGAGCCCGACCUGGAGAAGAAGUACUCUAAGCAGGUGGACUCCAGGUUCGGUGCCUACGUUGCCUGUGCCUCCCUCGUCUUCCUCUUCAUCUGCCUCAUCCAGAUCGUCAUCGUACCGCACUCCAGUGUGAUGCUGGGUUUCUUCAUCACCUGUCUGAUAAUCCUGAUGGGUGUCAUGUUCGUGUCAGCUGUCUACUCCUGCUUCGGGAUGUUCCCAGGGGCUCUGCAGAACCUGUCUAAGAGGAUCGUCCAGUCCCGGCUCAACAGCACGCUGGUGGGCGUCUUUACCAUCGUCAUCGUCUUUCUGUCCGCCUUCGUCAACAUCUUCACUUGCAGCAGCCGGGACCUGCGGGCCUGCAUCAGCUCGGAGCUCAACAUGAGCCUGUCCAGCGUCAACGCCUGCCACGCCCUCAUCCUCAACGUCACCUUCGACUCCCACCCCGACCUCUGCCAGGACCUCUCGCCCAUCUGCAGCUUCCCAGAGUACUUCUCGUCCUGCGUGCUGCUGAGUCUGCUGGCAUGCUCAGUAUUCCUGCAGGUGAGCAGCAUUGGCAAGCUCUUCCUCAUGCUCUUCAUCGAGCUCCUCUACCUCCUGGUCAUGGAGAUCCCCGAGGCCAGCCUCUUCGACAACCAGGACCUCCUCGUCAUGGCCAGCGGCAUUAAGAUCAUCAACGGAACAAGCUGUAGAGUGGACACCAAGGUUCCCCUGAAGAUCAUGACCCCGGUGGUCAUCACGGUCUUCGUCCUGGCGCUCUACCUCCACGCCCAGCAGGUCGAGUCCACAGCCAGGCUGGACUUCCUCUGGAAGCUACAGGCGACGGAGGAGAAGGAGGAGAUGGAGGAGCUGCAGGCGUACAACCGCCGGCUGCUGCACAACAUCCUGCCCAAGGACGUGGCGGCCCACUUCCUGCAGCGGGAGCGGCGCAACGACGAGCUCUACUACCAGUCGUGCGAGUGCGUGGCCGUCAUGUUCGCCUCAAUCAGCAACUUCUCCGAGUUCUACGUGGAGCUGGAGGCCAACAACGAGGGCGUGGAGUGCCUCCGGCUGCUCAACGAGAUCAUCGCCGACUUUGACGAGAUCAUCAGCGAGGACCAGUUCCGCCAGCUGGAGAAGAUCAAGACCAUCGGCUCCACCUACAUGGCGGCCUCGGGCCUCAACGACUCCACCUACGACAAGGUGGGGCGCACGCACAUCCGCGCACUGGCGGACUACGCCAUGCGCAUGAUGGACCAGAUGAAGUACAUCAACGAGCACUCCUUCAACAACUUCAAGAUGAAGAUCGGGCUCAACAUCGGGCCGGUGGUGGCGGGCGUGAUCGGUGCCCGGAAGCCCCAGUACGACAUCUGGGGGAACACGGUGAACGUGGCCAGUCGCAUGGACAGCACCGGCGUGCCUGAGAGGAUCCAGGUGACAACCGACCUCUACCAGGUCCUGAGCUCCUACAACUACACGCUGGAGUACCGGGGCGUGGUGACGGUCAAGGGGAAAGGGGAGAUGAUGACCUACUUUCUAACCGCCGGACCCCCAAGCAGUUAACACCCACUCACCCAGGGGACCCCCAUGAACACUGGGUGGGGCCCGAGGGGGGAGCUGAGGCGGACUUCUGGGUCCGAACGACGGGCGUUUUUUCACAAACGUGGGGACGUCGGGACGAGCCUCGGGCCUCUUUGGACUCCCGGUGGUCUCUUGGUUUUCCCGUUCAUGGCGAUUCAUGGCGUUGAACGCUCGUGAGGCUCUUGGCGCCUGCUGAGAAGGAGCAAGGAGUCCGCCCCAGGACGGAUCCAAAGCAAGGACCCAAAGACGCAGGGCCAGACUCGAGGAGACUGGAGGGUACUUGAUGGACGUGGGGGAGGGGGGGGGUCCGCCCUGGUGCUUGGGCCGUGGUCUUCGGCACGCUCCGCCACACCGUACCUCAUUCUGCGGUCACGCGCUGGGAUCUGAAUUCGGCUCCCAAUCCACCAGCUCUUUCUUUGGACACUUUGCCAAAGGAUUAACUGAAGUGUUUAAAAGCAAAAACAAACAAAGCAAGUCUAUUCUCUAUUUUUAUUCUCUCUCGCUUGCGCUGUCUCUCUCACUCUCUCUGUAUGUCUCUCUCUCCUGUGCCCUGAAAUAUAUUUACGUGUGCAACGCACUGUUUUAUGGGUGUAUACGGAGAAAGUACAAUCAAUGUGAAGACCAACAUCGUUUGUUGUCAUACAUAUACCGGUUUCAGGGGUUGGUGGUUUUGGUCAGGACAGGAGGAGGGCACUCACCAGCACUAAGAAAGCCUUUUACUGGAUAUGACAAUGAACGGAAGUGACAAUGAAGAUGUAGUUUGACGUCGACAGGUUGUUGAGACACUGGGCAAGGUGGGUGUGUGGAGAAAUUGGUUCCUCAAUGAAGAGAAGGAAAGGAGGGAGGUUGUCACGUUUUACAGAGCGCAUAUGGUCAGACAGGUAUACAAAUACAGACACACACUGGUCAGACACAAAUCACGCACACACGCACACACACACACAAGCCACACGCUUUAACUGAAGACCACUUUUCAAAUAAGGAUGUCAACAAAAAGCUUUUGUAAAACCGAUCUUUGAAGAAAAAAAAACAUCAUACACUACGGGAAAUUACAGAUUCUAUAUUUUGUAAAUUAAUAUAUGAGAGAGCAAUCUAUGAACACCAACGUGUAUUUGGAUGUACAUAAGUUACCCACACUGCACACCACUAGCGAUGGACAUGGGCCAUCACGUGUUGACUUUAUAUUGCCAUAUUUCAUUGCCUUUUUUAAUUUGAUUUCAUUCUAUCUGCCUUUUUUUUGUUUGUUUAUCAUGUUCACAUCGGGGGAGUUGCAUAAGUUCACAGUUCAUGGCUUUGGCAGAGGGGCAAACACACACACACACACUACUCUUCUCAUCACUGUGGGGGGAAAAACUGUUUCCCUGGAAGAGGGCGUUUCCCGGGGUUCUUUCAUGUGGUUAUGUCCCCCUCCCCGUCUAUUAAUAUUUGAUCCCUGAUGAGAAUGCGUCCGGUAUGACGAGAACUCGACUAAACUGUCUAGAGCGCUCACAGUGCUGCUCAACAACCUUCAGCUCCCCCCAUACCCCCCUGCUAGUUCAAUCAGAUGGUACGACCCAAUGAAUGUCCCAUGAUCUCCGAAUGAGGCCUUUGUAAACAAAACGAAAAAACACAGGAAGUGAUGCGUGUACUAAAUCGCAGACGGCAGCUGAUGUUCUCCCGUUGGUUAGAGAUGCGUGGUGAGAACCCGUGGUACCUUCAGUGUGACCUUUGUGGGGGUCCGCCCACCGUGUUUGGUCCUGUGAAACCUGUUUGCUUUAGCCGCACAGCAGUUCUCCAGUGCUAGCGAGCUGGACUACCGUGAUGUCUCCUGCUGGCACAUGUAUGCUACCUGACCCCCUUCCAAGUCUCUUGUAUUUUCUCUAAGGUCAUCACCAUUCUUCUAAGCUACGGAGCAAUCCAGUCGUGUUAAACAUUUUCCCGAUGUUUAUUUUUUUUUUUUAUCCAGUGAAGAGGUGUCUAUUUAUAAUAUCAGUUGGAAAUUCUGUUAUGGAAAUCCUCCGCAAUAGGAUUAAUUUAUAAUGCCUUUAUUUUUUUCGUCAUAAAGUCAUGGAAAUGGAACAGCCGUUAUUCUUCAAACAUCACAGAAGUGGAGAGCAGCUGUGUUUUAUUAAUUUUGACAAUGUUUGGCAUCAGAAUUGUCCUCAAAGCUAAGAAACAAACUUUAAAAGUGUCCUCCUGUGAGGAACCAAAGAGAUUGCACUGGAUUCUGCUGCUCUCCACGGCCGUGACUGAACCCCUCCACUGCAAUAAUCCUGCCUGCACAUCCAUAAAACAGACUCUGUUUAAUGUCGCUUACAUCUUCUUUCCUGGUAUCUGCUCAUGUGGUUUUCAUUUUCGUUUCAAUAUAAAUGGUUGGAUGCGUCGAACACAUGGUAAUAAAGAUGAUGUGCUGUUGAUCCAGAUUAAGCUUUGGAACCCAAAUCAAGAAGGCUUUUGGACAGGGGGGCAAUGGGGUUGGAGCGAAGGUACCUAUGUUGAGUGGAGGUUUUGCAUUCAAGUAAACACAAACGCCUUAGCCUCUCGCGCUACAUGGAAGGAUCUAUUUCAUUUGGAUUUGGUUCGAUGAAGAAUUGAGUCUAUGACUUCAAAGAUGAACUAUGGCUUGAUUUAGUUUUUUUGUUUGUUACAUUCCAAUAAACUGCAAAAAUGUUUUCACACUUGA